AUGAUUUAUUUUCACACAAUGAACUUCAUUCAACAUCCAUCAUACUCCGAGCAAAUGCAUGAUAUUGCGUUGAUCUCAUCGAAAUUAACAAUAGAAAAUAUAAAUAAACUUUUGGAACGAUUUGAAUUACAGUGCAUUUCUUUUGAACGUUUACAAACCUCUGGACGUAUCAAUUUGAUUUUUAAUUUAAAAGUUCAAUCAAAAACUUCUUCAUAUAUGGAAUUCAUACUAAAAAUAUCAAAUCCUCAUCGUUAUUGGAAAGAAUACCGUAUUAAAAAUGAAGUUUAUACAAUGGGAUAUUUACUCGAACAUACAACAAUUCCUUUACCAAAAAUAUUCGAUUAUUCUGUUAAUUUUGAAACAAGUAUUUUAUCAUGUGAAUAUAUAUUAAUGGAAAAAAUUCAUGGACAUACGUAA